AUGGCCAAAACCCUAACCCUCCUCACCAUCUUCUCCCUCCUCCUCUCCCUACCACUCUUCCAAGCCUCCUUAUCCUUCGAAAACGGGGAAAUCGAGGGGGAAUACUACCUCCUCGACUCCCCUAUCCCAACCACCAACGCAGCCAGGUCAAGAACCAGUUGGUUCUUGGCCUCUGCAGUGAAAAAAGGCGCGAGCUGCGGCGCCGCGACAGUGAGCCACCACAGUGUCGCGACAUGCAACGGGGUGUGGGCGAACAACGGCACGUGCCUCCUCUACUGCUGCAAGAAGCACUGCCGCAACGUGCUCGGCGACCACAACAACUGCGGCGUCUGCGGCCACAAGUGCCGCUUCGCGGAGCGGUGCUGCGGCGGCGUUUGCACGAAUGUGUUGGGGAACGCCGCGAAUUGCGGCAGGAAAUGCCCUCGUGGGGUCAACUGUGACUUCGGUUAUUGUGGUUAUGCAUAA